AUGACAAAUUCAAGUCAAGUAAAUGUUGGAACAGUGAGUGCUGCAACAACAUCAGUUGCACACAAUCCUUCAACUGCUGCCCUUGCACCGGCUAAGAAAACUGCAAUUUUUUUUGGAGUCCACUUCAAGAGAUGGCAGCAGAAGAUGUUCUUCUAUCUGACUGUGUUGAGUCUGCAGAGGUUAAUUAGUGAGAACAUUCCUAUUCAAUUGGAUGAAACUUCGAACGAAGGACUAUUCUUGGAUGCUUUGAAAAAGAAGUACGAAACAAAGGAUGCUGGAAUUAAAAAGUUCAUUGUGGUAAAGUUUUUGGACUAUAAGAUGAUAGACAAUAAGACUGUUGUCAUCCAAGUUCAAGAGCUGCGGGUCAUAAUCCAUGACCUCCUUGUCGAAGGAUUGAUUGUAAAUGAUGCUUUUCAAGUGGCGGUCAUUAUUGAGAAGUUACCUCUGUUGUGGAAGAACUUAAAAAACUACUUGAAACAUAAAUGCAAGGAGAUGGUUGUUGAAGAUCUCAUGGUAAGACUGAGAAUCGAAGAGGAUAACAAAGCUGCAGAAAAGAGGUCAUGUGGUAAUUCAGCAAUAUCUGAAGUAAAUGUUGUUGAAGAAGAUCCCACAAAAUCAAGGAAAAGAAAGAAAGCAUUUGGACCGAAGAACAAUCCUCCUAAGAAGAAAUUCAAUGGAAACUGCUUCAAUUGUGGCAAACGUGGUCAUAAGGCUACUAAAUGUCGGGGUCAUAAGAAGGACAGAAGAAGGAUCAAGCAAAUUCGCCUGAAUUCAAAGACGAGAUGGACGAUCUUUGUGCAAUGCUUUCAGAAUGUAACUUGGUUGGAAAUCUAA